AUGAAAGAUCUUCCAAGUUAUUCAGAAUCAAACAAUUGUUCAUUUGUAGAGUUUUCUGAAGAUGAGAGUGAUGUUAGCCGUGAAACCGAAUCGAAGGUCGAAAAUAACGGAAACGAGCGUAAUAACAAACUGUAUGAUUUCCCACAAACGUCAACAUAUAACGUGCCGAGCACUUCUGAUUGUUUUGAUGCCGAUUGCUCACAAGUGGUUCGUUCAAGCACUAGAGAAUCUGGAGUAGAAAAGCAGCAAUUGACAGCUUAUGCACAGUCAGAUGAUCAUAUGGAACAGUCCGGAAGCUUCACGCGGAUUGUGGUCAAACGAUAUGGUGGCAAUACAUACCUUCAAAUGGAUGAUGAAUGUGAAACGUUGGAUGUCAAAAUUCAGCAUUCCGAACUGGCGGACGACAUUUCACGUGAUCCGACAUCGAAUGCAAGACAAAGUAUCACUGUGUUAAACAUAUUCAACACUAAGUGCACAGAGAAUCGACAAAAUCAGAUUAUCGAUCAACGAAAGAGAGCAUGUAUGAUUUUGGAAACAAGACGACAUUCAACAGAUGAUCAAUCUCCGCUUCUAAUCUCCAACCACCCGGAUAGUGUGACCGAGAAAUUUGGAGAAGAGGAAAUGAUGAAGAGACGCAGGACUGUCACAACAACAGAGACUGUCGAAUCAUCUCCUGUUUUGGAAGCAGACGCAGUUGCAGUGGGUGACGACAAAAUGGUAAUGAAGGCAGCGAAACGGUGCAAUUCUACACAGAGCACACGAGCUAAGAAACAAACAAAUGAGCCAGGGAUUACCUUGUGCACUCCUUCCGACAAACAGAGAAAUAUAGUACUUGUUAGAAAAGAAAAUGUGAAAAGAGGAGGGCAAAAAGCAACAAGUUGUAAAGAAUAG